GAUAAUAACUUUUUUAAAGUUUACCAUGAUAGUUUGUAACAGAAAAAACUGUUUGAUCUUUAAAAGUCACAGUUUUUCUUUUUAUUCAAUGGAUUUUCUACAACCCCACAUGGAUAAAGAGCCAUUGCUUCCGUAACUUUUUCCCUUACCAUAGAGUGAUGAAAUGGUUCUUCCUGUUACCCCUUCUGAGUUCAAAGAUCGUUUCAUCUUUGGAUCUUCAUAUGCUUCACCAAAAGAUCCUUCACCUCUAUUGGAUGCCUCAACACUUUCACGCAAUUCUCCAAGAUCUUCUUCGACUUGUUCCUCCUCUUCACACGAGUUUGCAUCAGCAACAUCCACACUUUGUGAUUCAUCACAACACUCUCAACAACAACAACAAUCUUCUUGGCUCAUUGACCCUAAUUAUCCAUGGCGAAAAACCUAUUUUUAUCGCUCCAAAUCUGCACCUGCUAUGGCGGUUAUCAGUGAUUUCAGUCAAACACCUAUGGCGGUUAUCAGUGAUUUCAGUCAAACAACUGUGAAAAGAACUCAAUUCGGUAGCCAAUUUAUUAUUCUCGAAGCUUUUAUUUUUCUUGUUCUUUAUUUGGCUUUAGGGGUUGUUAUCUAUUGGCUCAAUCGUCAUAGUUUUACAGCAACUGAGACUCAUCCUAUUGUAGAUGCAUUGUAUUUUUGUAUAGUCUCAAUGUGCACAAUUGGAUACGGUGAUAUUACUCCUAAUAGUACUGCAACCAAGAUUUUCUCUAUAUUGUAUGUGUUGAUUGGUUAUGGUUUGGUUGACAUAUUACUCAGUGGAAUGGUUAGUUAUGUUCUUGAGUUGCUAGAAAAUCAUUUGUUCAGGGCUGUGAAGAAAGGUAGGAUGAGGAUUUGGAUGAAUGUGGCAUUGGCAUUUGGGGUUGUGGUACUUUGUAUUGGAGUUGGUGUCGGGGUUAUGCAUUUUGUGGAAAGGCUAGGGUGGGUAGAUUCCUUUUAUCUUUCGGUUAUGUCUGUAACAACUGUAGGUUAUGGUGAUCAUGCUUUCAAGACUAUGCACUGUCGUAUCUUCGCUGCAAUUUGGUUGCUCGUGUCUACGUAUGCGGUGGCCCGGGCGUUCCUUUAUUUGGCGGAGGCAAAGAGGAUUCUUGAUCAGGACAUGACUGUUGCUGCGUUUCUUGCUGCUGGCAUAGACAACAAUGGAUUUGUGAGUAAAUCAGAAUAUGUUAUAUACAAGCUGAAGGAGAUGGGAAAAGUGACAGAGAAGGACAUCAUGCAGAUCAAUCAGAAAUUUGAUAGACUAGACACCGGCAACAUUGGAAAAAUAACACUUGGUGAUCUCAUGGAGGGUCAUAAUGGAUGAGCUCGAUCACCGUGGCUAUCCAAUGAUCAAGAUUUUUUUUUGGAUAGAUAGAUGCUAGUGAGUUAUGUUAGUUUCUAGAGUUUGAAUCAUGAACCUCAUGGUUAGUACUUCUUCGGUUCGGUGUCUCUCGAUUCACCAACUGAGCUGCCUCUAAUGAUCAAGGUGGACUCUUUAUCCAGUUUUGUCACAUAAAGAAGGGAGUGCCAGAUUCUCAAGUUGCACAGGAACUUUUUUUCGUUUUCGGGCUGGGAUUAUAAGAUUAUCAUGUUACAUACAAGUGAUUUCCCUCUCAUACCCUUUUGUCUGUCACGAUAGACAACUCGACGAGGCAACUUGAAAUUCUGGGUUCAUUUGCUGGCAUUUUGCAACUGAUCUUGAUGAAAUUCCGGGUGGUGAUGCAAGGGACAAUUUUGGCUGGUUAAAUAGUUAAUUUAUAUAUAAAAUCUUUUCUGAAAAUGAAUAAAUAUUGUAUUGGUUCUUAGAUUCUCUUAAUCGUGUAAAUUAAUGUGGAACAUCUUGGUAUUGUUUUGGCCAAGAUGCUUCUAUUAGCCAAGGUUGUAGUUGAGUACUUGCACAGUCCUACUCAGUUGAAUAAAGAUACUUCAUAUUUGCAUUCAUAUAUGUCUAAGAGGUACUUUAACUAAAUAUAUAUUUGGUUUAAGGAUAUAUUUUUAACUGCUGUUUGAUUCAAAAGGAGAGUAGAGAAAUUUUAAAACUAAAUUAUCUUUCUAUACUUACAAAUAUUAUCACUCGCAUUUAGUAAAAAUAAUUUUACAUAAAUUUUUUAAAAUAAAAAUUUGUUCAAAUAUAAAAUAUUCUAAAUAUUAAAGAACAUAUUUAAA